UCCAAGAUGGCGCUCCCAGGAGCUGGGAGCGGGUGACCGGCGGCCGGGAAGCGGCCUGGGUUGGCCCUCUGAUUGCGGGGGCCUGGGGGCAUCUCGCCCGGCACCCCCUGGCCCGCCCACAAGGCCUUCCCCGGGCGAGAGCAAUGGCCGCCGAGAACAGCAAGCAGUUUUGGAAAAGGAGCGCCAAGCUGCCGGGGAGCAUCCAGCCUGUGUAUGGAGCUCAGCAUCCUCCUCUGGACCCUCGGCUCACCAAAAACUUCAUUAAAGAACGGUCAAAAGUGAAUGCAAUUCCUCUGAAGAAUAAGAAGGCCUCCAGUUUUCAUGAGUUUGCCCGGAAUACCAGUGAUGCUUGGGACAUAGGUGAUGAUGAAGAAGAGGACUUUUCCUCCCCUUCUUUCCAAACUCUGAACUCAAAAGUUGCUUUGGCAACUGCAGCCCAAGUCUUAGAAAACCACAGCAAGCUGAGAUUGAAACCAGAACGGUCCCAGUCAACAACAUCUGACGUUCCUGCCAGCUACAAGGUCAUAAAGUCCAGCAGUGACGCCCAGCUGUCCAGAAAUUCCAGUGAUACCUGCCUGAGGAACACACUCCACAAACAGCAGUCACUCCCUCUCCGACCCAUCAUCCCUCUUGUUGCCCGGAUUUCUGACCAGAACGCUUCUGGGGCACCGCCCAUGACUGUCCGGGAGAAAACCCGCCUAGAGAAAUUUCGUCAGCUUCUCUCCAGCCACAACACUGACUUAGAUGAACUGAGGAAGUGUAGCUGGCCAGGGGUUCCCAGGGAGGUUCGACCUGUAACCUGGAGACUCCUGUCGGUGAGUUCUACCUACUCUGUAGAGAAGCAUGAGCUCACACAGCCCUUCUUACCUGAUGAGGGCUAUCUCCCAGCCAACACCGAGAGGAGGAAGUUGACCCUGCAGCGGAAGCGAGAGGAAUAUUUUGGCUUCAUUGAGCAGUAUUAUGACUCUCGAAAUGAGGAACAUCACCAGGAUACCUACAGACAGAUUCACAUUGACAUUCCAAGGACGAAUCCUCUCAUUCCAUUGUUCCAGCAACCACUUGUACAGGAGAUCUUCGAAAGAAUUCUAUUUAUUUGGGCCAUCCGACACCCUGCCAGUGGGUAUGUCCAGGGAAUUAAUGACCUGGUCACUCCGUUCUUUGUCGUCUUCCUCUCAGAAUAUGUGGAAGAGGAUGUCGAGAACUUUGACGUGACCAACUUGUCUCAGGACAUUCUGCGGAGCAUCGAAGCCGACAGCUUUUGGUGCAUGAGCAAGCUGCUGGAUGGGAUCCAGGAUAACUACACCUUUGCACAACCAGGGAUCCAGAAGAAGGUCAAGGCACUGGAAGAACUUGUCAGCCGGAUUGAUGAGCAGGUACAUAAUCACUUCAGGAGGUACGAGGUCGAAUACCUACAGUUUGCCUUUCGUUGGAUGAAUAACCUGCUUAUGCGGGAGCUUCCCCUUCGCUGCACCAUCCGCUUGUGGGACACAUACCAGUCUGAACCAGAAGGAUUCUCCCACUUUCAUCUCUAUGUAUGUGCAGCUUUCUUGAUCAAGUGGAGAAAAGAGAUCUUGGAUGAAGAGGACUUUCAGGGUCUCCUCAUGCUGCUACAAAACCUGCCUACGAUACACUGGGGCAAUGAAGAGAUCGGGCUGCUGCUCGCAGAGGCAUACAGACUCAAGUACAUGUUUGCCGACGCCCCUAAUCACUACCGCCGAUAGGUGCUGUCUCCCCAUGAGGACCCAGACUGCCCCCAUCUCUGAUGGCAAUCUGAUCACUGUGGCCACUGUGCGAGCCAUGGACCCUGACCAGGAACCACUCCUGCUGUAAAAAGCUCACAUCCGCCACCCAGGUCUUAACUUUUUGGCGUGCCUGUCCACCACUCCAUGUCUCUGGAUGGGUCUUCUGGACCACUGUCAGUAUUCCAUGCCACGCGGAUGGGCCCAGCUCUGGGAAGUACAGAAAAGGAGGUACAGGGUUGUCUGCCCCUUUAAAAGAAACUGGACAAAUGAAGGGGAAGGCUCAGGGUCUUAACUCACAUUGUCUUUUCAUGGACUGGCUGUCUCUUGCCUCCCAGCCCCAACUGAUACUGUUGCUUUUUGUGACAUAGUUUGAUUUGAUCACAAGUGAAAAACGCCUUAUGUUUUCAAAAGACUCCUGGCCCCUCUCCCCAAUUCCUAGCCCUUUACCUUCUGCCCUAGUCUGAGCCAGUGAGGGGCAGCUUUUUAACACCAUUGUUCUCAGAUGGAGGAGGCACUGAUGCUUAUAACUCUGGAAAAGGCUUAUACCCAAGGGCUAGGAAUUUUAUUUUUCCCUUUCUCACCAGUAUGUGAGUGUGUAUUUGUGUGGGUGGGUGGGUGUACACACCCAUCGGCAUUUAGUUACUUGUCUAAAUUUCUGUGUCCAGAUUAGUCCCAUCACAACCAGCUGGGAAGGGCCCCAGUGACCACGUGUACAAGCAUCCCUUGAGAAGGAUCAGGGCAGGGGAGGGAGAAGGGGCUUUUUACCUCUCCAAGCCCUUUUUCCAUGAUGACCCACUCCAAGAUAUUAUGUGUAAAUUGUGUUAUUAUGUAUAUGGGUAAAGAUGUACAAAUAUAUGUCCUCUUUGUAGCAGAUAUGAUUUUAUAUUUAUAAUGUGCAGCACCAUGUGAAAGCAAUCUAGGUCACUAGCACAGAUGAAGUUGCCAGACUGGUGGCUUUAGUGCCUCCAGGUUGGUUUCUGGGUGCCCUCCUGUGAGGGAAGUGAAUGGGAGUCUGCUAGAGUGAGCAUAGCUGAGCAAAUGAAGCUGCUUCAAAAACCAGUGGCAGCCAUCCCAAACAUCAGUGUCUCAGAGUUUUUUUCUCCUUCCCCCUCCCUGGCCUUGUGGAGCAUCUGCCCUGCUCCUUCCCCAUCUUUAGCGAACAGAGCUCCCCACCUUUCACCUCUAGUCGCCUCCUAGAGAGAGGACCACAGAGGCAGAAGCCCUUCUGCAUGUUUUUAGCCCCUGCCUUUCCCCUAGAAUCUGGGGAAGGCUUUUGUUUUUACAUUUUUAAGUCAGCUUUGUGUUUAAGACAGAAGCUGUGACUGACUGUCAGUGCCAAGAAAAAGGGUUUCCUGUGUGUCCCUGGGAUUUUGGGCUCUUCUCAGAGAGAGGCAUUUUGUGUUCCCCGCCCCGUCACCAUCACACCUUACACAGCCCAUGAGAUGUGUGACCGACAUUCGAUUUUUGGUGUUUGGUAGUGGAGAAAUGGGGGAUGGUGGCAAGCAGCUGUCAUCUUCUUGGGAAGCCAAGCAGUAUCCCCAGUGGGUGACACCCUUGAGUCUCUGCUGGUAGAACCCCACCACGCAGGCAUGUUACAUUUCUCAUCUGGAGCUGUUUCUCAGGCAUUCUUCCUAACCUUGCUCCUUCCCCCUUCAGUGUGCCUCAGUAGUCUCCUCGACAGAGAGGGCUCGUGACCUGCCCUCAGCUGGACUAAAGAAAGACACUUGUGUUCCCAAGUGGUGGUUUUAUUUUUUUAGUUUUUAUGUUUGGGAAAUUGUGGAUAAAGUGAAAGAACUGUAAAUAAAUAGUGUAUUUCUCCUCCA